CGGUGGGAGCAGGUGCGGGGCACAGGGCACAGCUGCAGGGGCAGUGCUGGGCCGCGGGGAUGAACUUUGCGGUGGGUUUCAAGCCCAUGCUGGGGGACUCGCACAGCAUGGACAGCCUGGAGAAACAGCUGAUCUGCCCCAUCUGCCUGGAGAUGUUCAGCAAGCCCGUGGUUAUCCUGCCCUGCCAGCACAACCUCUGUCGUAAGUGCGCCAACGACAUCUUCCAGGCUUCCAACCCGCUGUGGCAGUCGCGGGGCUCGAGCUCGGUGUCGUCGGGGGGGCGGUUCCGGUGCCCCUCCUGCCGCCACGAGGUCGUCCUAGACCGGCACGGCGUCUACGGGCUGCAGCGUAACCUGCUCGUGGAGAACAUCAUCGACAUCUACAAGCAGGAGUCCACCAGGCCCCUGCACGCUAAGGCAGAGCAGCAGCUGAUGUGUGAUGAGCAUGAGGAUGAGAAGAUCAACAUCUACUGCCUGAGCUGCGAGGUGCCCACCUGCUCCCUGUGCAAGGUGUUCGGGGCCCACAAGGACUGCGAGGUGGCCCCGCUGCCCAGCGUCUACAAGCGCCAGAAGAGCGAACUGAGCGACGGGGUCGCCAUGCUGGUGGCUGGGAACGACCGUAUCCAGGCCAUUGUGACCCAGAUGGAGGAGAUCUGCAAGGCCAUCGAGGAGAACAGUCGGCGGCAGAAGCAGCAGCUCUGCCAGCGCUUCGACUCCCUGUGCAGCACCCUGGAGGAGCGUAAGAAGGAGCUGGCGCAGCGCAUCAGCCGGGAGCAGGAGGAGCGGGUGAGCCAUGUGCGCUCCCUCAUCCGCCAGUACGGGGAGCACCUGGAGAUCUCCUCCAAGCUGGUGGAGUCGGCCAUCCAGGCCAUGGAGGAGCCCCAGAUGGCUGCGUACCUGCAGCAAUCCAAGGAGCUGCUUAAAAAGAUCACAGACAUGUCGAAGGUGUCAAUGAGCAGCCGCCCAGAGCCCGGCUACGAGAAGAUGGACCACUUCUUUGUCAAUGUGGACUACCUGGCGGAGAUGCUGAGAACCAUCGAAUUCCAGACAGACUCGCUGGGUGAGGAUGACACGGACGGGUUUGCAGGCGGGGAUGGAGGAGACACUGGAGCCGACGAGGAGAGGCCAGAGGGGCCAGAGGCACUAGAAGGGGCCGAAGCAGUGGGGCCCAGGCAGAAGCCAGCAAGCUCCCCGCAUGGUCAGCACUGAGAGCCAGCAAUGCAGGAGGAGUCCACGAGUGAGACCUCCAGGACGUGGUGUCAUCAGCGACCGAUUCCCCCAGCCGAGACUCUGCGUUCCUGGCCCCCUCUCCCCCGGCCGAGACCCUGCAUUCCUGGCCCCCUCUCUCCCGGGCCGGGACC